GUCAAACGGCCCACCUGCACGGUUGAGAUCAACAUCAACUGCUGAGAUCCAAAUGUGCGUACCAUGGAGCCUACUGAAAUCAGGGCAGCAUGGCAGCCCCUCCAGUCUCCGCGGCAGUCUCCAACGUCGGGACUGCGGUCGAACCUCAACUUGGCUUUGUCAUCGCCAUCGCCUCGGAGGCUUCGGGAACCGGCUCAGGAGCCUUCCCCGCAACUGGGAAGCCAUGCUCCAUUCGCUUGGGCGCCCAUCCGCCCGGUGACACUAGAUCUGGGACCACCGCGAACGGCGACUCACGGCAUGCAGCUAUCGCCAAACGUCAGACCAGCUCCGUUGGGAGUUCGGACUAUUCCAACCAGAAGACCUGGUGGGAAUGAGUCCAGAUAUGGAGGUUCUUCUCCAGAGGAAGUCGGAAGAGAAUGCGCGGCAUCCCAUGCCGAUGAGAAAGAAAGGUUGCGCCAGGCCAGAAGCAAGAUGGCUGCUCCCCAGGCGGACGAUGAGCUAUGGGAGAACGCGCUGCUGGAAUUGGCACAGAAGGCAGAGGAGGAGUUGAAGUUAGCGUCGGAGUUGCAGGCAAAAUUCGACGCGCUCACCAUGCAGAACGAGCAACUGCAGCAGGAGCUCAGUCAGGCUGCAAAGAGAGAGCAAGCAACUGAAAAGAGCGAGCAAGCACUCGAGGCAGAGAAGAACGAGCUGAGGAAGCAGUUGGAAGACAAAGAACAAGAGGCCAAAGCCAAAGAGGCCGCGUCCCAGGUGCAAAUUGAGCUUCUGAAGACCGAGCUCAGGGAAGCACAGCAGAAGGCAGAGUCAAGAGCUGCUGGAAAAGAGGCCGCAGAUGAGGCCUAUGCAAGAAGGGCGGAACAGGAUGCGGAGCAGACUCAGGAAAGCCAGGAGGCGCAACUUGAACUUUUGAAGAAAGAUCUCAAGGAUGCGCAACAGAAGGCAGAAGAAGCUAAGAAAGCACCAGAAAGCAAAGAGGUCCAGCCGAGCUUGCCAGCGGAAUCUGUUGGUGAGACAUCUGAGAUGGACACGCAGAAGUCAGAUGGCGAGAAGCGUUGGGAGAUCACCAUCUCCAAGACGACGGAGUACGAAGAUCCUGGCCUGGGAGCUUCUUCGGUAGACUUAGAUGAUCGGAAGGUCAUUCACGUGGACUGCUUGGAGAAAGGAGGUCUCUUCGAGGCAUGGAACGACAAGUGUUUGGCUACUGGGGAACUUGACAGUGUGGUGAGGCCGGGGGACCUCAUCAUAUCCUGCAACGGCGUGACCAAGAUUGAAGAGAUGGCUCAGGAAUUAUUUGGCUCCAAGAAGACGCUGCACAUAGGCCUUCUUCGAGAGGC